AUGAAAGAAUCGAAACACCAGUGUUCUUAUAAUCAGUUCACUAUUCGCAGCCAUCCGUUUUCAUACACGACUUUUGAUCCAGUUUACUGCUCGUCUAUUUUUCCGGGAGUCGAUCCUCUACCUGAGAAUGAGGAAUUAUCAUCUUAUCUAAUGCAGAUUCUUUCAAGGGUUACUCCGUCAACUAAUGAAACACUUUCCGUUGGUACAUUAGCAUACAGAGUCAUGGAAAGUUUAGAAUCAUUAGCUUUUGCUAAAUCUACAUCUGAUUUCGGAAUUCAAAGGACAAGUCUUGUUGGUUCUUUUAAAAAAGGAACUCUGUUAGCUGGUCACAAAGUCGCAGACGCUGUCGUUCUACUUCGCGAUCUACCCACUAUUAAGCUAACUAGACAUAUCGGUCAUGUUCUUACUGAAAAAUUGUUCGGUUGUGAAAUAAUCUAUCAACCUUAUGGUUUUGAUGUUGAACAGGGCGGCGUUUGUGUCCGAGUGGUGUUUGCUGUGGAGAAUGUUGAUGGGAUAAGCAAUGGACAGGAAGGCGUUCAUAUUAGCCAAUCAGAUCAAAAACUCGCUCACCUCGCAGUCCUCCACGGUCGUUGGGCUGAACAAAAUGCUUCACAUCCUAACGUUAAAGCCCUCAUCCGCUCACUGAAGGAUCUUAGACGUCGAUUUGUUGGCUUCAGUCAUCUCAACCCUUGGCAAAUAGAUAUGAUCGCUUCCCAUGUUAUAAUGGAUGGACCGAUUGCUGAACCCCUCUCGCUAUCUGCUGGUUUCCACCGAUUCAUCCAGAUCCUUUCGUCCGGUUUCUUCGCUCCCAGUAGCUCGGGUCUCCUAGAUCCCUUUAGAUUGGGACAACGUCGUGUCCACGUCACAAUGUCUCUUGCACAACAGGAUGAACUAUGUCGCACUGCUCAAACGGUUUGCAAAAUUCUGAAAAUGGGAAAAUAUCAAGUGCUGUUCGACAACAUGUGUCCGGUCAAGCUUAUAACUCUCGAGGAGCUGGUGAACUCUGCUAACGCCCUACCUGGUGAGAAGAUCUCUGUUCCCAAUCCUAUUGAUCUUGGACUAUCCCCAGUAGAAAUCGUCGACCAAAACAGAAUUUCUGAUUAA